UCCGGUUUCUCAUGGCGCGAAGCCUCUUUUGAGGUGAAGAAGAUAAACCGGGAUGUCCGUUAUUUAGGAAAUGACGUAGAGUCAUCAAUCAAGCUUCGGAGGAAGGACACGCAGUAGGCUGGCCGCGGAGGCGGCUUUUAUGUAACUGGAGCCUGGGAGAAGGUGAGAGGGAGGAGGAGGAGGAGGAGGAGGAGGAGAGGGAGAGGGGAGGGAGGUAGUAGGAGGAGGAAGGAGAGGUAAGGGGGAGGGAGGGAGGUAGAAGGAGGAGGAGGAGAGAGGAGAGGGGAAACAAGGCUAUUAUGCGAGUUCGGUGAUCCCGAGGCUGGGGAGGAGGAGGGGGAGGAGAGGUUUCUUGCGCGGUUGGGGUUUAAAGGGGGACAGGGGAGAGGGGUAGGUACCCCUAAUCGCCAAGUUGGCUACCAGAAAGGCAUUGGCUAGAAGCCCCUCGACCCCCAAGGUCGAGGUGGCCAUAGCCAUGGGGUCGUCUUCAUCAGGAAGGAAGAGGAAAUCCUCCUCCUCCUCCUCCUCAGGCAGACGGGAGAGCCGAACGCCUGAUCUAUCGAACAGAGUCUAUACGGUCAGGCAGGGACCUAACUUCAAAUACGCUAUGAGCGUUAUGAAGGUGUGGCCGCUCGAGGUGAAAGUGGGCGAAGCUCUGAGGCCUAUGGGCCGUGAGCUCACGAGGAUGGUCCAGUUCCUGGAUGCAGUUUUGGACUUGAUGCAGAAACCACUUUCACGGUUUGAUUGACCUCCACAGCUUCUUCCGAGUGUCAAACCGAAUUCAUAUUUUACGGCCCCCACCUCCAUCCCUUCCUCCUGUUCUCCCUUGUUCCGUCCAUCGUUAUCCAUUCACUCGUCAAUUCUGCAAUGAUCGGGAUUAACCCAAUCCAUCUGACUGUCCAUUUGUCCGUCGAUCCAUCCGUCCAUCCAUGUAUCCAUCCAUCCAUCCAUCCAUCCAUCCAUCCACAUGCCCGCCUCUCCAUCCAUCCAUCCAUUUGUCCAUCCAUUUGUCCACUCAUCUGUCCAUCGGACUCCAUCCAUUAACCCCAUCCAUCUGUCCAUCAUGGGCGGAUGCAUUCUCACCAUCCAUCUGUCCAUCAUGGACAGAUGCAUUAACACCAUCCAUCUGUCCAUCACACCCCAUCCAUUAACCCCAUCCAUCUGUCCAUCGCACUCCAUCCAUUAACCCCAUCCAUCUGUCCAUCGGACUCCAUCCAUUAACCCCAUGGACAGAUGGAUGGGGUUAAUGCAUUCGUGAUGGUCAUCCAUCCGUCCAUCCGUCCAUCCGUCCAUUGGGCUCCAUCCAUUACUCCAUCUGUCACCCUUCCAUCUUUCCAUCCACCUACCCCUCCAUCCUUCAAUCCACCUACCCCUCCAUCCAUCCAUCCAUCCAUCCAUCCAUCCAUCCACCCAACCAUCCAUGAGGAAUGUUUGGCUGUAAUUCAGAUUCCGGUCCAGUUACGUGCAGGGAAGGGGUGCAAGCAGCAUUGGUGCGCGCGGUUGAGCAGAGGGAAUCGGCAAGCAAGAGGAGAAGCCUGCAAACUUGUCCUCCAGAGAGAAGAUCAGCUUCUCUCAACUCUUUUUCACAUCUAGUGAUCUCAACAGCAUUCAUCUCUCAUUCAGGGCACUGUGGUUUGGGAGCUCCGAAGAGAAGCGGAAGAAGGUUGCCUGCCUUUGCCUGCAAGUCUACAGAUGCGGCACUGUGGUUUGGGCUCUUGGAAGAGGAGCGGAAUGGCCAUUUCCGUUGCAGUUUUCUGUGACAACCAGAAGUGACAUCACCUUCGUUCUCCAUCCGAUCACGUGGCUCGGCUGGGAGGCUCAAUCAGCGACUACAGAUGUGGCACACAGGAGGGAAGCAACUGCCAGCUGGCUAUGGGGUUGUAAUGCCCCCGUCUUUCUCAGGUUAUUAUCUGAAUCUGCGCUGCGAGGAGAUUUGUGUCCCCCACAUUGUGCUGUACGACACACGCAAUGUGUGUCCCACAGGAUGUCCCACAAGGUGUCCCACAGGAUGUCCCCCAGGAUGUCCUACAGGAUGUCCAGUCCUCACAGACUGUCCUACAGGAGUCUCACAGGAUAUCCCAUGGUACACAUGCAAUGCACUAUGGGACAUAAUUGGCUGCCCCAUAUGGUCCGGUGGGACACAUGCGGCGUGUCACACGGUGUCCUCUCUACAUACAAUGUGUGUCCCGCAGGAUGUCCCACAUGGUCCUGCAGGACACAUGCAACGUGUCACACACUGGCCCAUGUACAUGUUGAUGAAAAGCAGGUCCUUAUGAGCAGGUUGGAGUUCCCCUUUCGGGCAUUGCAUUUCCUUUUUCGCCUUUUGCUGGCUUAAUAAUAACAGAGUACUCCGAAUUUUGAACCUUGCACUCAAUCCCAUAACUUGGGUAGCUCCAAGCUGUCACACUUUGUUUUCUGAUUUUACUAAAUUUUCAGUCGUUUUUAUUUUUUUUUAGUGUUGUAGUAGCUUCAGGCUUCGCAUGUGCAUGCUGCAUAGUUGUCCUUUUUUUUUUUUUUUUCUUGUCAAUACUGAGUCAAAAUCCAAUGCGCGAUUAGAACUGCCAAAAGGUACAACAAUACAGUAGUGGAGCAACUCUGUUAACAUCCACCCAAAGCUAAUCUGCAGCAAAACUCCGAUUGGUCAUGGCGAUUUGAUGGUGACCCCACAUGUUCCUCUGACUUCCUAGAAUGUCCCUACAAGACAG